AUGUUGAAACGUGGAGCUCAAGGCCCUCAGGGGUCCAAGGAAGACGAGGGUGCUUUCGGAAUGGCCAGCACCCCGGAUGACAAGCCCCACCGAGCCACAGCGGCCCAGUUAGCCAGUAGAAAGAUCAAGAAUGUUCGCUCACGCCGGGCUCCUACUCCCACAACCGGUGGAGGCGCAUCUGAUGCGGCUUCGUUCAACCCUUUCGCAUCCGCGGCCCCGGCGCCAGCGCCUACCCAGACUGGGUUCACAUUCGGCCAGACUCAGAGCCAGAGCUUCCCUGGGACAAACUCGGGCCCCGGCCAGGGUGGAAUCUUCUCAUCAGGCACUAACGGCCAGGCCGGUGGUCAGGCGUCUUUCAACUUCGGCUCGGGCCCUACCUCAUUUGGAUCUGCACCGUCGAGCAAUCCUUUUUCUGUAGACACAUCAUUUGGCGGAACUACCCAGUCAAGUACCAAUGGAUUCAGCUUUGGGGGAUUCAACGCCGGAAACCAGGCCACUCCGUCGUUCGGUGGGUUCGGAGCGCAGCAGAACACAAGCACUCCAGCAAAGCCCGUCCUAUUUGGGCAGUCUACAACACAUAUGACUUCGCCUGCCGAUGAGAACAUGCAAACUUCGCCCGAUAACAAGCCCAAGAGAGCUUCCAUCUUUUCACAGAAGCCAGCUGCACCUGAGAAACCUGCCGACAAACCUGCGGAGACCCAGCCUUUCAAACCGCUUUUCGGAUCAACGCCCGCCGCUUCGAAGCCUUUCGGUGCAGAGAAACCACAGCAAACAUUCAACAAUCCAUUUGCGAACCUUCCAGGGCAGAAUGCGUCCAGCAAUUUAUUUGCACCAAAGACAGCUACACCUGAGAAACCUGUCGAGAAGCCUGCGGAGACCCAGCCUUUCAAGCCGCUUUUCGGAUCAACGCCCGCCGCUUCGAAGCCUUUCGGUGCAGAGAAACAGCAGCAAACAUUCAACAAUCCAUUUGCGAACAUUCCAGGGCAGGCUCCAACCAGCAGCACUAACCUGUUUGCCCCGAAAAUAACGGCAGCUGAGCAAACUCCUGCGAAGCCUGCUGAGGCGGCAAUGCCCUUUGGUACUCUUUUCGGGUCGACCUCCAGCUCCCAACCCUCGGGGCCUGCUAGCAAUCUAUUUGCGCCCAAGCCAGCGGCAGAAGAACCAAAGGCGAGCAAUCCAUUUGCGAACAUUCCAGUGCCGAGUUCAUUAGGCAAUUUGUCCUCACCGAAGGUUACUGAGAAAACUACCGAAGCACAACCGUUCAAGCCUCUGUUCGGUACACCUACGACAUCGAAAGCUGUGGAGACUGGAACGCCUGCACCAGCAUCUGGCAAUUUGUUCUCCCCAAAGCCGGUCGCCGAGAAUGCGGCUGCAAAGCCUGCAGCAGAUCAGCCGUUCAAGUCCAUGUUUGGUACACCUGCGGUGUCGAAAGCCUCGGAAGCCGGGAAAGAACAGACUGCUUCACCUGCAUUUGGUAAUAUGUUCUCGCCAAAGCCGGUUGUUGAUAGUACGGCUGGAAAUCUAUCCGAGGGCAAGCCGUUCAAUUCCAUGUUUGGAACGCCUACAAAGGCUGAAAAAGAACAAUCAGCGGCAAGCAGCGUUUUUACACCGAAGGUGACAAGUGAAGCGCAGACUCCUGUACCUGCAAAGACCUCACAAUUCGGCUCAAUUUUCGGGGCGUCUCCUGCGUCGAAGCUUGGAAAAGAAAAGACAGCCCAGGCAACACCUAGCAACCCAUUCGCGAACCUUCCAGGGCAGAACGCAUUCAGCAAUCCAUUCUCGCCAAAGCCGGCAGAGCAGGCUGCAAAGGCCCAAGCACCGAGUACAUCUCUCUUUGGUGCAAGUACGGCAAUUGACAACAAUAAGCAGAAUAAGGACAUUGAGGGUAAUAAAGACAAUAAGGUCGCAGCUCUGAAUAGCCCAUUGACCAACUCAUUCACCCCGGGGCCUAAGGUGUCGAACGGAUCCCAAACGGAAGGUGCGACGACUGCCACCCCUCGUGUGUCGUUCGCGCACUUUUCACAUGACAACAAAAAUUCGUCGUCUAUACCUGUUCCUUCUUCUUCCACCUCUUCUCUGCCCUCCUCCUCCACAACCUCUGCUGUUCCCAACACUUUCACUGCUUCAGACCCUGACAGUCUUUUCCCACCAACUGAUCAUCCUGUAUCUUUGGACUAUCCUGAGUCAACUGAAGACUUCGACAGUAUGCCACUCAAACGUCUUUUCCCUGAAAAGAAUCGGGACGAACUCCGCACGCGAGCUUCUUUGCUCAGGAAUAUCGGUGUCUUGACCGAGUCGUUCAAGCGUGAGAUCGUCAAAUGCGACCCCACAAAAGAGAAUAUCGACGAUAUCCUCAUUCUUUACGCUGAACUUCGCCGUGAGCUAGGCGUCCCCAUUGGGUCAAUCAAACCCGGGGAACCGGCCAAACGCGCCACCAUUCACCAACGCGCCACAUGGAACGAAAGUGCCGCCGCCAAAGAAUGUGCUGUCGCCAAAGAUGCUGCCGUCAAAGAUGCGCCAAAUGGAUACGCACCUCCUCGGAACCCGACCCCUCCCACCUUUGUACCUCCUGCUCUUGAUGGCACGCCCUCAUCUUUUUCCACCAAGCCUUCUGGUGGGUCUACUACUUCCUCCAAGUUCGCCCAAUCGUUCUCCGCUCCAACCCCUGCUCCAGCAAAUACUUCUGUUUCCACCUCCAUUCCUGGUCCUUCGUCCUCAGCCGCGGCUCCUGUCUCGGUUGCUCCUGUCACUUUGGCUGGGCCCUCUCCUCCGACUACCGCCCCCAAUGCUACUCCUGUAGCCAUUCCUACCGUUGAGACUCCCAAGCUUGGUGAUGCGGCCACUUCGACUGCUGUCCCUGCUUUCGGUGCUCCUAAGUCUAGUGGUGCGACUACUUCGACUGCCACCCCUGCUUUCCAAAUUCCUAAGUUUGGUGAUGCAGCCACUUCAACUAGUGCCCCUGCUUUCAAAAUUCCCAAGUUUGGUAGUGGAGCUACUGGCACUGAUUUUGCGGCGCAGUUCAAAUCAGUGUCGGACAAGACCCUAGCCGAAGCGAAGGCCAAGAGAAAGGCCGAAGAGUUUGACUCCGAUGAGGAGGAUGAAGCUGAAUGGGAGCGCAAAGAUGAGGAACGUCAACGUGAGAAGCGCGCUCAACUCGAAGCUGCAGCUAAUAAGCGUUCCGUUUAUGUCCCCGGCGUGGGUUUCAAGUUCGCUGAUGAUAACACUGCUCCACAGAACGUUGAGGAGCCUGCUACAUCUGCCACCCCAUCAACCCCUCCCUCUCUGUUCCCUCCUUUUACUGCUCCUUCAACCGCUUCUACUACCAAUGGUACCCCCUCUUCCUCACAAUACCAGCCCCGGUUCCCUAGAUCAUCUCCUCAAUCCUCCGAAUUCUCAACUCUCGUCGGGACAGCCACUCGUUCGCCUGCGGAUGCGGCACUCUUUGGGGCCAAGCCUGGACCUCCGCCUCCUUCCUUGAGUGCAGGCCCUCCAAGCUCCUCGGUCGGCUCUUCGAUUUUCAGCGGAUCGGUCAGAAAGCCGGUUCCAGCCUCGCAGAACAUUUUCGGCAAGUUGAAGCCGACCUCGCCGAAACGCAAGGCGUCUGCGGAUGAAAGCGACAACGACGAUGAUUCCCCCCCCAAGAAGACUAAGUCUUCCCACAACAUUUUCGGCGGACCCCAGCCGACCUCGCAGAACAUUUUCGGUGGGCUUAAGCCGACCUCCCCAAAACGCAAGGCAUCUGUAGAUGAAAGUGACAACCAGGAUAAUUCUCCCGCCAAAAAGACAAAGCCGUCGCCCCCCCUCCUUCUGCGGGCGCCACCCGCAAUGGCCACUCCCUCGGCCACUUCCUCGGCUCCUCCCACUCAAUCGAUUUCCACCGCUACUGAAGAUGAGGACGGUGAACCUGGUGAAAUCUUCGAUCUGACAAAGGGCAACAGCGGCGAGGAGGAGGAAACCGUCAUGUUCGAAGAGACCACCCGUAUUUUCAAACUUACGGGCACCUGGCAGCCCAAAGGAACCGGUCCCCUUCGCGUUCUGAAGCACCCUGUCACUGGACGUGCACGCAUCGUCGCCCGUGCCGAUCCAAGUGGAAAUGUUAUUUUGAACGCUCCCCUGAUGAAACAGUUCGACUACAAGAGCAACUCCAACAGGGUUCAGUUGCUAGAGCCCAACCAGACCGGGGGAUUCACGCAAUGUACAGUCCGAAUUCCGGCUGAAAGAAUGCAAGAGUUCCUCCAGCUGGUCAACGAGAUCAAGACCUAG